AUCCAUUUACUUCAGCGACGUGUCAAUCCUGGCCGAAUGUACCAACAAAACAAUGACCGCAUAUCUUAUGAAGAGCUCCUUGCUUUUGAUCAAAAUAUAGAUCAGCUACGCGCAUUUACAGAGAGAGAUGUCAAGUGGAGCAAUAUGAAGGAUUUUAGUGGCAAAGUAAUCGACCCGAAAACGACGGGAAACGGUGAUAUUACAUUAUACGUCGAGCGGUUUGAAGAAGAUGUGAAGAAGAGAAAUUCCGUUGAUCACGAUAGACGGCUGUCUUUAAAGAAGGAAACAAAGGUUCGUGUUCAAGGCCGAUUUUAUGAGGCAUUGGAUCUUCACUUUUAUCACUGCUACAGGAACACUCAUCCUGAAAGAAGAAUGGCUAUUUGCGAAGAAAUUGAACGAAAAAUUGUAAUUGACGACGUUACACUGACUCGUUUCAGAGAACACCUAAGUUUAGAAGAAAUAUUGAACACGUGGGUUGUGUGA